AUGCGCAUAGUACCAAGUGCGGCUGCGACCAUUCCCUCUCCCACUGCCCCUUCCGCCAUCCCACUCCGCGACCUGGACGCUGGACGCUUCAAGCUGCACCCUACCGCCGUCACCUGGAGUCAGCGUUCUACUCGUGUUACCACUGCUAUCCUAAACCACCGAGAAGGCCCGCGCCCGCCGGGACCCUCCCUGGCAGAGGCUGUACGGCAGAUUGUACCGCCUAACCCGCUGACGGAUGUCCGCCGCGCCGCACACUGGUGGUACCACCUGGGUCGUCAGAUGUUCUUCCUGACGCAGAGUUUCGCAGGCUUCGCCGCACACCAUGUCUCGGAGGUUGUGGCGGCUGCUUCGUCCUCCUCUUCCGCAUCUUCCGUCUCAACUCCCUUCGAACGAUUAUUGGAGGACGCAGAGCCUGAAGUAGCGAGCCGAUUGUUGGAUGGGCUGGUGGCCGUACAGCAGGACUACGACAACAUCCUGGCAGGCUGCUACCCGCUGCCCUGGGACAUGACCGUACCCAACCACCGGCAGUACAACCCGCUGUUUGCGUUCGGGGGCUCCCUGGCCUACCUAGGGGAGUGGACCGCUAUCACCCAGCGGCGGCUGCGGAAGCAACCGGAGCCCGUGUGGCUGUCCAGCUCCCUCUACCCCCGGUACUUCACCAACACCUUCCACUACCAAACUGACGGAUGGCUGUCAGAAAGAUCUGGGGCGUUGUACGAGUUCACUACAGAGUCCCUGUUCUCAGGCAUGCAAGACGCCAUGCAGCGCACCUCCCUGAUCCCCAUUUCUGAGUACGUGCGGGAGGCUGAGCUGGGUGGCCGGGGGGUUUCGGAGCUGCGGCUGCUGGAGGUGGCGGCGGGCACUGGCAGGUUCCACACCUUCAUCAAGGACGCCUACCCCUCCCUGCCCUCCGUGAUCUCCGACCUGAGCCCCUUCUACCUGGCCCGAGCCCGGGAGAACAUGCGCUACUGGAGGGACCUGCGGCAGCCCGGCCGGGGGCUGGGAGGGGUCGACGACACGGGGGUCACACAGUUCUUGCAGACUGCAGCCGAGAAUAUCGAUGCGGCCGACAACCAGUUUGACAUUCUCGUGUGUGUGUAUUUGUUCCACGAGCUGCCCGAGGCCAUCCGCCGCCGGGCCGCGUCCGAAUUCUUCCGAGUGCUCAAACCGGGGGGCUUGCUGGUGGUCACGGACAGCGUGCAGCUGGGGGACAGACCUGGACUGGAGGGCGGCAUUGACGUGUUCGGGGACUUCAAUGAGCCCUACUACAGGAACUACCUCUCUUUUAACCUGGGGGCGAUGUUCGAGGCGGCUGGCUUCGUGUGCGAUACCAAGUACAUUUCCAGUGUUACCAAGACGCUCAGCUUCCGAAAACCGCUUGACAAGUCUUAGGGUUAGAGCUGCCGGCAACUGGCCGAUGAUGACUGGCACGCUGACCAGCGAGAGAGGACAAGUGGUGGGGCAGGAGGAGGUUUUAAUUUGGUCAUGAACGUGAGGGUGUUCGGAGGAUGCUCAGAGGCGCACGGUCCGUGUGUAGUAAUAAUGGCUUGUUGCUGUGUUGCUGUGUGUUGCUGUGGGGCAAGAUGGGGAAGCUUGUGGGUAUUGUGGUGAUAACGGCAGCGUGUAUGUCGGCUAUAGCUUGUUGAUAUUUACCUGUCGGCUAUACCUCGCGAUAUGCGUCUCCCGCCAAACGACACAUGUCUCUAGGGAGUGUGCUGGGGACGUUGGGGGUCUCCCUGCGCGUCCCUGGAUGUGUAUCUGUGCACAACAACGAAGCUUUGCCAGUGCUGCUGCUUACUGCUGUUAGGGUAUUACUCAAAAAAGUAUUGCGACAUGUUUUGUCGGGUGUUUGUUGGGUCGGCAUCCUAAGCUGCUGCGGUCCGCAACCUGCGGCUCCAGCUGUACAUAAUAGAUGGCGGCUCGGGGUGUAUGUGUGUGUAUGUAUGUGUGUGUGUGUCUCCAAUUAAUUAAUAUUAAUAUUAAAUCAGGU